AUGGCAGCUCCCAGCAGGAAACAGACGUUAAAAUUUCUCAGCCAGUUAGGAGCGUUUAUUUUAACCCGGUUCGGGUUUUGGAACUGCUUCAGCAUGUUGAUGCUGUUUGCUGAACGAGCGGACUCAAAAAGGAAGCCAGACAUCCAUGUACCAUACCUGUAUGUGGACAUGGGGGCUGCAGUGCUCUGCGCCAGCUUCAUGUCAUUUGGGGUGAAGAGGAGGUGGUUUGCAAUGGCCGCUGCCAUACAACUGGCCGUCAGCACAUACGCAUCCUAUGUUGGAGAACAGGUGUUCUACGGUGACUGGCUGAAGGUACGAAUGUAUUCCAGAGCGCUGGCCAUUAUUGGAGGCUUCCUGGUUCUGGCCAGUGGGGCAGGGGAGGUGUACAGACAGAAACCUCGCAGCAGAUCCCUGCAGUCUACUGGACAAGUUUUCCUGGGAGUCUACCUCAUCUGCAUGGUGUACUCCCUCCAGCACAGCAAAGAAGACCGGCAGGCCUAUCUAAACCACAUCGUGGGAGGAGAGAUCACUCUGAUGCUGCUGGAGGUGCUGUUUGGGGUGUUGGCUCUGGCCUUCCUCUCUGGCUGCUACAUCCGCCUGGCCGCUCAGAUCCUAGCCACCGUCCUGCCUCUGGUGAUCCUGCUCAUCGACGGCAACCUGGGCUACUGGCACAACAACCGCAAGGUGGAGUUCUGGAACCAGAUGAAGCUGAUUGGACAUAACGUGGGCAUCUUAGGCGCUGUGCUAAUCCUGGCAACUGAUGGUUGAACCCUUGGGCUCUCACAAACAACUUUUACAGACCAAGGUGUCUGCGCACGAUGAGAUUGUUGGCCUUUACAUCGCCACCCAACUUUGUACUCCAAGCUACGGUCGCUCAGUGACCUCUCAGGAUUCAACACUCCAAGCUGAGACUGUUAGAUGUGAGCAGCGUUGAUUGUCUUUGCCUACCAGUCGGUAACUUUGCUUUUUCAAGAAAAAGAAAAAAAACACAAGCUUCCUUUUUCAAUUGAAUAAUUUAUUCAGAUUCAUGUUUACAUCUUUGUCUCUGUUAUGCUCUGAAACAUGACAAUGAGUAUCGAUUCUGUAUAUUUACAGAGGAAAUACCUUUUACUCCAAAAAUUAUAGUCUUAAAUGGUUCAAUAAUGUUUUACAGUAUAUAGUUUACAAAUAAAGGGAACUUAAAAUUUAACCUAUAUUGUAUUGUCUAUGAACUUACAGUUGAGCUACAGUUACAGCCAUUUGGUAAUAAACACUUGUUUAUUCAAUUCACUUUAUUUCAUUAAAUUAAAUAAGCACCGCUCCUUUAUCUUCUGUGUAAAUACUGUUCAUAUUUUAUAUGAAAUAACAUUACAUGAUGGUGCACAAAAUGCUGAUGAUCGUUUUCCAUGCUUGAGUAUUUUGAUCAUUAAAAUUUUGUUGCUUCAUUUCACUGAA